GAGAGCGAAGCGGACGACGCAACAAGCUAGAACAGCUGACAGCAGCAGAUUUCUUCCCUUUCCCUUGGAAAUUCGGAUGCCAAACAAAAUUGCACAGGACCAGAGGCAUUUAAAGGCAACCAAAAGCAAGGACAGAUGGCGACAAGCACCUGAGGAGAUGUACAAAUCCCUGCUCCGCACCGUUCCACUCCAGGUCAGAUCCCAGAUCAUCAAACUUAGCACCACAAAAGGCACAAACGGCAAACGCAAACAAAAAACAGAGGAGAUGGAAACUCGCUACGAUUUUAACAGGCGGUGGAAACCGUUGCAAAAUUAUAAAGCACUGUGCUGCACCCAUAAGCAGUCCACUUUCAAGUUGGUCUCUUACAACAUACUGGCCCAGGAUCUGCUGCUUGAGCACCUGUUCCUUUACGUGGGUAUUCCCCAGGAGUUCCUCACCUGGCGACGCCGCCAGCAAAAUAUUCUCCAGGAGCUGAUCAAAUUGGACUCGGACAUCCUGUGCCUGCAGGAGAUGCAGUACGAUCAUUUGGCGCUGCUCGUCCAAGGACUGCGCAUGGGAAACAGCAAACGAUUGGCGUAUGUUUUUAAAAAGAAGACCGGACAUCGCACUGACGGAUGUGCCAUUGUCUACGACUCCUGCAAGUUCGAGUUGCUGGACCACCGGGCUGUCGAGCUGCAUGACAAGGAAGUGGCUCUACUAAACCGAGAGAAUGUCGCUCUAUUUGCCAAGUUUCGGUUUAAAAAGGAGCAAGUCCAGCAGAAGGAUUUCGUGGUGGCUACCACGCACUUGCUGUACAACCCAAACAGAAGUGAUGUACGUUGUGCUCAGGUGGGCAGAAUACUGGAAGAACUACAGACAUUCUCCACUGACACACCCAUUGUCCUAACCGGCGACUUUAACAGUAUGCCAAACUCAUCACCCAUUGAUUUACUCAUCGGACAAAGGGAGGGUGAGGAAACCAAAGGUAACCAAGCGCCUCUGCGCUUUGAACUAAUCGACCCGGGCGAGAACACUGCAUCUACAUACCAGGACGAAUGGAUCACUGUGGACUACAUCCUCCGCUCGCUAGGAUCUCGAAGUAGGCACAAGCUUUUGCCCAUCAGCGUUUACUCGUUGCCCUCGAUUAGUCGCUGCAGCAGAAUUGGACAGAUUCCCAACCACUAUCUGGGCUCAGAUCACUACGCCAUGGGCGCCAUCUUCACAGUUGUCUAGUAUUUGAUAUUCUUACCAUUUCUGACUCAUCAAUAAAGGUACGAUAAAUGAAUUAUAGUACCCGCCAUUGACAUUUAAAUGUUAAAGUUUAGCGCAAGUUAAGAGUUAAAUAUAGUCGCUUGAAACGACA